CAAAGACAUGUAGCCCUCAAAAAUACAGUUCUACAUGCUUAUUAAUUUAGUUUAGUCGUGGAAAGAGAGUAACAAAAUAUUAGAUUGCAACUGAUAUUGGCAAAAGAGCUGUCAGAGGGCUUGGUCGUGUCCCCAGAUAUGCUGCGAGCAUGCCAUCAAUAGCACAAACAGAGUAUGGUAUCAAGGACGUGUGGCAAAAUAAUCUAGAAGAGGAGUUCAGGAAAAUCAGACAUGUUGUCACCAAGUACAGAUAUGUUGCAAUGGACACAGAGUUUCCAGGUGUGGUUGCCCGUCCUAUUGGGGAGUUCCGAAGUACAGCAGAUUACUCUUACCAGUUACUCCGGUGUAAUGUUGACCUGCUGAAGAUAAUCCAAGUUGGAGUCACGUUUCAGAAUGAGUUGGGUGAAACGCCAGAGCCAGUAUCAACUUGGCAAUUCAACUUCAAAUAUAACCUGACAGAGGACAUGUAUGCCCAGGAAUCCAUCGAUCUCCUCCAGAACUCGGGAAUCCAAUUUGAAAAACACAUAAACGAUGGCAUUGAUGUUAAUGACUUUGCAGAACUUUUAAUGACAUCUGGGAUUGUUUUGAAUGAGGAGGUUAAAUGGUUAUCUUUCCACAGCGGGUAUGACUUCGGUUAUUUGCUAAAGAUGCUGACCGACUCGAAACUGCCAAGGGAAGAAUCUGACUUUUUCGAGAUGUUACGGAUUUACUUCCCAAAUAUAUACGAUGUUAAAUAUCUGAUGAAGAGCUGUAAAAAUCUCAAAGGCGGUCUUCAAGAAGUUGCUGAACAGCUUGAGAUAGAGAGAAUAGGACCGCAGCACCAAGCUGGUAGUGAUAGUUUAUUAACAGGAGCAGCUUUCUUCAAAAUGAGAGAGAUGUUCUUUGAAGAUAACAUAGAUGAUGUAAAGUAUUGUGGCCACCUUUAUGGACUCGGGACAUCCUAUGUACAGAAUGGUGCUGGCUAUGAUAGCAUUAGCUUGCUCCAUCAGAAUCAUACAAGUGCGGCAGCGACAGCGUCAGAAGAUACUAACUCCACGACGACAACAAACUCAUAGGACUUAACACACGAUGAAUACAUGUAACCGUCGGCAGCAUUUUGGAAUAUCACCAUGGGGUCAGGAGUGGUUGGUAGAAAAGACGGUCACGGAAUGCCAUGGCAGCUAAAAGAUUUGGACCUGCAGGACAUGCGGACAGAGUGUCCGAGGGAAGGCUGGGCCACCUAUUGCCAGCCACUUUCUAACUGUGAUAUUAAUUUGAAACAGGGACAUUAUUUCAAUCUCAUGCUUGUAACAUACUUCCUACUCCUCCUGUGUUUGCCAGGUUUUUAUCAUGAUUGUAUUGCCAGUGGCCAGACAGUAUGUAGAAUCACAUUGUCGUGACUUCUCUAUGACACAUGUUUCUCAUAUUGACCACAUUCAUGUGACGAGUCGAGGGGAAGGAAUCUUUCAUUGCUGAUGUCCAAAAUGUUGCUCCUGCUUAGCAGCAAAACUUAAUCAUAAGGUGAAAUUUCUCUGAACUGUACUUGGACAGGUGCCAAAUGCUACAGGUCAAAUCGAAAGCUUCAUUUUUAAAUUUCUACAUUUCAAAUUUGGAACUCUAUAUUACUAUUCUAAUUCAGCUUAGUUUUCUGAUAGUUAUUUUGUUUUUAAUUAUAGUAAAAUUUCAUGCUCAUACAUGUCUGUUACAUGUAAUAGAUAUUUUUGAAUACCUUGAAGAUGUAACUUUUGCUGCUAAACAAUCCAUCACUGUAGUAUUUUCACUCAUGAAUCAUUGAAAUGUAAUUUUUGUAAUUAGGCAUGGGACAUUUAAACUAAGUCGGGGUCAUUCACGUAAUCCUGGAAACUUGUAUGUCUACUUGUGUCUGUAAAUGUUUCUUAUCUAGUAUCCUACCACUGUAAAACAGCCUGGCAUGUAACAACCUUCUGUACCACACUUCUCUCUCGGGAUGUUUGAUAUUUUAAAACCUUGGUAUCAUACAUCACGGAUAAGGACAGCGGACAAGUGUAAGCUACCCAAACAACAGCAGUCACAACAUUUUAAGUGAUAAGAUACUAGAGUAGAGUUAGAAACAAAUGUUACUUUGAUUUUUGCUAUUGUUUUGCUGAAGUAUUCUGUGUAGGUAAGCAUACUUUUCAUUUCUUAUUUUAUGAUUGAGAUUUUAACCUAAAACAUGUAAAAUAUUUGAUAUAUAGUGAGACAUCUUCCUCAUAGCCUUCAAUUCUGGUGAAAAUUUUUCCUGGUGUCACUUUCAACACCCUGUACCAAUAUAAGUCUACAUCAGCAAGUUUCUUUUGCUUAAAAUAAAAGUGCAGAAGUUGAACUGGCAAGCAUUUUCUAGUAUGGGUUGAAGAUGACUAUAAAUUCUGGUUGUAUAUAUCUCUUGACAGAAUUUUAUUGUUUUUUUUUUCUAUAAGAAUUCAUGAAACAUAUUGUGCUGAGUUGUUGCUGUAAUUACUUAAUAGAAGUC